ACAAACAAACAUCAUCAUUACAGUUUGCAUAUUGAUUUUUUUGAUUUAUUUAGAAAAUUUUUUUUUUUUGUAUAACAAAAUGUAUUCAAAAUUGAUGCUAUUUAUGGCCAUUAUGAUGGCCAUAACCGUCACCAUUGUCCGAUCACAAGGUAAAACCGAAUGUCAAUUACAAAAAGAAAAAGAAGAUAAAAAAGAAAACACACCAUUAAAAUUGGAUGUACGUUGUAUGGAAAAUGGUGAUUAUGCACCAUUACAAUGUUUUCCUGAAAGUAAAUUCUGUUAUUGUGCCACACCGGAUGGUAACCAGAUUACACAACCAUCACGUAAUCGUAAAUUCUGUAAAUGUGAUUUACAAAAACAUGAUGCCGAAAAACGUUUAAGUGUUAAUGGUCGACCAAUUGAUCCCCCAUCUGGUUCAUACAUUCCAAAUUGUGCACGUGAUGGUCUUUAUUAUCAAAAACAAUGUGAAACUGGCACUGGUGUUUGUUGGUGCGUCAAUCAGGAAGGUUCACAAACAUCUAAAGAUAAAAAAGUGGGCAUCACUUGUGCUUGAGCUACACAGAAUAACCAAAAAAAAAAAAAAAAAAUUCAAAAUCCAACGAAUCCAACGAUGAAAUUCUGAAUGAAUUUAUUUUUAUAUUAUUAUUAUUAUUAAAUCAGAAACAAAUAAUCAUGAGAAAAGAUAAUCUCUUUUUUUUUGUUGUAAAAAAAAAACAAACAAAUUCGAAUGUUAAAAAUUAUUCAAAGAUCCAAAUGUGGCUCUAAAUAAACACAAUGAUGAUCAUCAUCAAUCAUUGAAUGAUUUA